CCACCAUAUCCUCGUCGUCGACCAAGUCUUGGUAGUUUACGAAAGUGACAGUGUAGUACCAGUGGGCACAUCGAAUAGCCGCCGUUGGUGCCUCAGUGCCUCCGCUCACCUCCAACAGUGAUCGCGACCGCCGUUCGAUCAUCGGUUCGACGAGUCAUUGUCACCUACGACAUACCUUUAAUUUCGAGCCGCGUUCGUUCCAGGCCAACCAAAACACCGGAUGGUGGAUCGGGCGUUGCGAUGUGCUGCAGGUUUACAAUCGAAUAACAAUUACAACGCGUAGGGAAAAAGCCCGGAGAAAAGUUUUAUUCCAAGAAUACAUAACAUUUAUACCGCAGUGCAGGGAUUUAAUCGUAACACGUUUUACACCAUGGAUUGGAGGGUACGAUCAGUCGCCCAACUUUUGAUGCUGGGGUGUUUAACAGCAUUGCUAGACUGCGGUAUAGCGGAACAGCGAGUUGUAUGUUACUACACAAAUUGGUCAGUGUAUAGACCAGGGACAGCGAAGUUUUCACCACAAAACAUCAACCCAUACCUUUGCACGCAUCUUAUAUACGCCUUUGGCGGUUUCACUAAGGACAAUGCACUGAAACCGUUCGACAAAUAUCAAGACAUCGAGAAAGGUGGAUAUGCAAAGUUCAACGGUCUGAAAACGUACAAUAAAAAUUUAAAAACGAUGCUGGCUGUCGGCGGAUGGAACGAGGGUUCAAGCAGGUUUUCGCCGUUGGUUGCCGACCCUGACAGACGGAAGGAAUUCGUCAGAAAUACAGUAAAAUUUUUGAGACAAAAUCAUUUCGAUGGUUUGGAUCUUGAUUGGGAAUACCCGGCGUUUAGGGAUGGUGGAAAGCCUCGUGACAGAGAUAAUUACGCCUCACUGGUUCAGGAACUUCGCGAAGAAUAUGAACGCGAAUCAUUGAAAACAGGACGUCCGCGACUGCUACUUUCAAUGGCUGUUCCAGCUGGUAUAGAAUACAUUAACAAGGGAUACGACAUUCCCAAACUCAACAAAUACUUGGAUUUCAUUAAUCUCCUUUCAUAUGACUAUCACUCAUCCUACGAACCUGCCGUGAACCAUCAUUCUCCUCUGUAUCCACUGGAAGAAGAUAACGAAUACAAUUUCGACACCGAACUGACAGUCGACUACACGAUCAAGCAUCUAUUGGACGUCGGAGCCUCUCCAGACAAAAUUGUCGUCGGCAUUCCAACGUAUGGACGUUCUUUCACGUUGUUUAACGAAGAAGCAACGGAGCUAGGUUCACCAUCCGAUGGUCCAGGCGAAGAGGGUGACGCUACGAGGGAAAAAGGAUAUUUAGCUUAUUACGAGAUUUGUGAGAGCUUGAUAGACUCGGACGAAUGGGAGGUGGUAUCCCCGAAUUCAAAUGCGAUGGGUCCGUACGCCUACAAAGGCAACCAAUGGGUAGGAUAUGACGACGAGGCAAUUGUGAGACUCAAGGCACAAUAUGUUACCGAAAAUGGAUUGGGCGGAAUCAUGUUCUGGUCAAUUGAUAAUGACGACUUCCGCGGAAAGUGUCAUAAUCGUCCGUACCCGUUGAUCGAAGCAGCCAAGGAAGCAAUGUUGGCUGGAAGCGAAAAAACAAGCGUUCGAGAAAAGUCGACUAGACCAACCAAGACACGAAUAGAGAGCAAUUUUAUUGGUAGAAAACUUGGGGCAGGUAGACGCAGAACUACAGAGGCUCCUGCGGGCACGCGUCGAAACAAUUUGCGAAAGCGAAUAAACUCGCUGAGGUCUAACAGCCGGUCGAACGCUCGAACAAAUUUGGAGAAUGAAGAAACCAAGUCGCAGGUGAACGGGCGAAACAGGGGGCAAUACUCUGACUCGGAAGAUGAUGAAGACAUUUCGAACAUCAGAAGAAUAGACGCAAAUGUUGUCAGAAGUGCAGAAUUCAGCGAAGAUCAAGAUACAGAAAAUUCUCAAUCGCAAAACAGAAAUCGUCUACGCGGUGCACAGAGGCGAAAAAGCCCCGAAAAAACGAGGCGCAGAACUACUACAGCUUCUAGCGUUUCGGAAGAAGUCGCAGAACAAGCGGGAGUUAACAAAUUAACAACUCCUGAGCCACCGACCACACCAGACCCCGGAACAGAUUUCAAAUGCGAGGAUGAAGGUUUCUUCUCUCAUCCACGAGACUGUAAAAAAUAUUUCUGGUGCCUUGACGCUGGACCUGGUGGAUUGGGAAUUGUCGCUCAUCACUUUACCUGCCCAGCAGGCUUGGUAUUCAAUAAAGCAGCUGACUCGUGUGAUUACCCUCGCAACGUUGUGUGCCCCAAGGCAAAAACCGCGGGGGGUCCGACAACACGCGCUCCUAUUAUUGCUGCCACGAGUCGUACAACAAUAAUAUCCAGUACCACUCGUCGUUCAGCAACAAGUAGUACAACUACAGAACCCAGUGAAUACGACGAAGAGUAUGAAUAUUACGAUGAUGACGAACUUGAGGAAGAAAACGUUCCCGUAAGCACGACGACAGCCAGGGCUCUGCAGUACCAGACUAUAAGUCGAAAUAGAGCAACGACGACUACAACUACGACCACUGCGAAUCCACCUACAUCCACGCAAAUCCCAAAAACAACAACCUCCGAAACGUAUCAGUCAUUACCUUCAAGAGGUAGCAACGUCGCACCAGCGACAUCGAUAGACGAGGCUGAAGAAGAUCCGCAGGUUCUUAAAGAACUGAUUGAUUUAAUCAAAAAAGCAGGUGGUCUCGAAGAGUUGGAGAAGCAGCUUCACCUGCAAGGUAAAGGUAGCGAGAGUAAUGUACGAACAGGCUCUGCGACGAACAAAACCAGUUCUACACCAACGACAAUUAGUAGAAGCUUAUACGAACGAGUGUUAAACCGCCAAGCAGCCAACAGUGGAAAUACACUGUUCAGAAGAACUACAGCGUCGCCAAUCACUGUCACGAAGAAAAUAACCGAGACGUUAGACUCACAACCCUCUGUCAUCCAGCGAUCAAAACCAAGUUUCCGAAACGGCCCUGGGCAAGCACAAUUCGAAGGUCUCGAUGAUGUUCCGGAGGUAAAAAGUCUCAGAAGAGAAAGACCUCAAUAUGUUACUAUUAAUCGCCAACGACCUUCUACUGAGGCGCCACUUGAAGAUAGCGAGGAGCUUGACGAAAAUAACGAAGAUGACUUAUCUUCGGAAGAAAACUUAUCAAAUAAUCCACCAGAAACCACAACAGCUAUUCCAAGAGGAACUCCUGGUUAUGUUAAUAUACGCCGUAACCGAAUUACGACCGCUAGGUCCAAUAUACCCCAAGAAGAGAGUGAAGAAGACGUUAAUGUUAAUCGCCGCCGACCCGUAGCAUCAAUAGAUUCCGCACUCGCUGUGAGUGAUGAUGCUGAUGUUGAUGAUGAUGACUCUACAGAAUUAGAAAUUGCGACUGAAGCAGUUUUAACACGUCGACGAACUCAAUUUCCUAUUCAGGAAGAACAAACCAGCACGUCUAGGUACAUUACCAUUCAUCGUGUAAGAAGUACUACACAUGCACCUGAAGAAGCAGCUUCGGAAGAAGAAGCUCAAAUCGUUGAUAUUACUACUAAAGCAACUCCUUCUUCUACAGAAAAUAUUUUACCAACAACACCUGACGUUGAGAUCGAAGAUGAGAUUGAUGAUAAAAUAUCUGUACCUGAGACAAAUAUAGAAAACGAAGCAGCGGUCGAGGAAUCAAUUGUCCGUACCGAAUCUAGCCCACCAAUAUCAACAACGCAGUCUCAGAGUUUUAUUGUCACAGAUCUUCCUGUGCAAAAUGUUGAUCCUUUAACUACAAUAACCCCGUUACCUAUAUCAGUAAAAUCGAUUGAGAUUGGGGAAUAUCCUACAACUGCAGUACCAUCGUCUACAGUUGUUUCUAGUACCACAAUACAAGAAUCUAGUUUUGACGAAUCGACUACAAAAGGAUCGGCGGCAGUAGCACAGCCAAGACCAUUCGGUUUCCAGAGAAGAGCUAGGCCAACGACUACCGUUACAUCGCUAACGCCAAGCCCAGACACAACAACCUCUUCUUCUGUUAGUUCUGAUACAGGACGAGUAAAGGUACCGUCGGAAACAGUCAGAUUACCUACCCUGAAGGAGCUCAUUGGUUACAAAACCACUGUUGCAUACGAUUACACAACCACAACACCGAUUACACUUUCAAUCCAAAAUUCACUUGAUGACAACGUUUUAAAUCACAAUGAGCACACUAAUUAUGUCACCGAGACAAUAACACCGACUUUUGGGAGAGACAUUAUACCGGCAGAUGUACAAAGUACAAAAGAUACAGGAAUCGAAGAAGUUAAGGUCGUACAGGAAGAUCAAGAUCAAUUGAACGACUAUUCGGCAUGGAAAAUUGCUGAGCAUAACAAGUACAAAAAUAGCAUAGAAAAUGAUAAUAGUAUCAUACAUUAUGGAAAGUUAAAAACAUCAACUGAAUCACCUCUACGAGCUACUCUUCCAAUAAAAAUUUUAACGCAAGACGAAGUAACACCCAAGAGACGUAAAAUAAAAUUAGUCAAUAUACCUGUUCGCAUAUUAGAAUCUGAUAGACCUGUAACAGAUCUAAUACUAGAGGUACCAGAAUAUAAAUUGAAGAGUGUGUUAAGGUCUCUGUUACGAGUAGAAAUAAUAAAUCAAGAGAACGUGACAAACGAUAAUAGCAAAGAAUCGAAAACUUUUAAUAUACAUGACCAAAGAAUUACGUAUAGCAAUGAUGACCAAAAUCGUGGUCCCCAAGAUGCGAAUACAGAGCAUAAGGCAGAUGAACCAUUUAAUGAAAAUUCAAAUACAAAUCCUAAAGUAACCGGAGAUUCAUACUCUUCGACCACGCCUAGUAUUACUACAGUACGAGGCAACCGAUCACAGCCCCCGUAUCGAAGUUCCCGCAAUCGAGGAUUCUAUGUGACAAAAAGCAUAGGGAGCAGUACUUUGCUUCAGACCACAACUCCACCAAUUCCUCGGCAAUCAACAGAAUCGAAUAGUGAAAAUCCCCAACUGUACAGCACAGUAUCUGAACUGGAAUUAUCUACUUUUACCGAAAAUCCAUCAACGAUUGCAAUGGAUACUACGAACGUAAGCGGCGAGUUGUACACUAUGCAAGAUGAAUCAGCGUCCGAAGAAACUUGGCAUUCGACAAUAAACACUAGCCUAAAAAAUCUCAACGAUAUUCUGACUAGUAAUAAAGAUGUUAAUAGAACGUCAUUGACAUCUGAUAAGAUAACAGCCAUACCUGACACUACUACUGCAGAAUACACAUCAACUAGGCUAACUGAGCCGAGUACCGUAAAAUCAACACCGGAAUCCGUAGCUUCCACCGAAUUCAACGAUCAGAUUUAUACAUCUGAAUCUAUAGCUGAAUUUGAAUCAUACUCUACUGAAGAUUUCAGCAGUAUAACAUCUGAAGAAACUUCAAAACCCGAGUCAAGUUUAGACCUGCGUACCACUGUAUCUGGGUUAGAAAGUGAGGAAGAAGAGUAUUAUGAUGUGACGAAUGAGCCUACAUCCACCCCUUAUUUAGCCACAGCAAAAUACAAUGCAGCUUCUGUUGCAAAAAGUCUAAGAGAAAGUUCCGAAGUGAAGAAGUCGAGCACAGCCCUGAACUAUUAUACCGAGAUUGGCAGUACGACUACAGAGUUUCAAAAGACGACUGCCUCUGAAUAUGAAGUACCGAGUGAUGAUUUUCCGAGCAAUGAUCAGAGCAAAGAAACUGUCACAGCAGAAACAACUAAGAGCUUUGAUAACACAUUAACCACCAGUGGAUUAGACUCUGAUUUUAAAUCAAACUUAUUAGUCAAUGGCGAAACACAUGAUAUUGAUUUGGGUUUCAAAACUGAAAGAACUGCAACGACGAGUAUAAUAAUAGGUUCUUCUUUGAAACCUGAGAUAAAAACUACUAAAGCUUCAAUAGAUGAUCAACGAACGAGCCCACUGGAUUUUAUAACAGAAAACAUUAUUGAAAGUAGUUCACCCGGUGCAAUGACCAGUUUUUCCUUAAAUCCUGAAACAGGAACUAACACAGCUUCAAUUUACAAUCCAGGAACUAGUCCAGUGGAUUUCGUAACAGAAAGUAUUAUUGAAAACAGUUCAACCAAUGUACUGGAGUUCCUAACAGAAGGCAUUAUUGAAAAUGGUUCAAAUAGUGUAACGACAAGUUCUUCUUCGAACCCUGAAAUAGGAACUAACACAGCUUCAAUCGAUGAUCGAAGAACUAGCCUACUAGAUUUUGCAACAGAAAGCAUUACUGAAAAUGAUUCAACUAGUGCAACGACAAGUUCUUCCAUGAUCUCUGAAAUACGAGCUAACACAGCUUCAAUUGAUGAUCGAAGAACCAGCCCACUGGAUUUUGCAACCGAAAGCAUUACUGAAAAUGGUUCAACCAGUGCAACUGAAAGUUCUUUUUUGAACCCUGAAAUACGAGCUAACACAGCUUCAAUUGAUGAUCGAAGAACCAGCCCACUGGAUUUUGUAACAGAAAGCAUUAUUGAAAAUGAUUCAACCAGUGCAACGACAAGUUUUUCUUUAAACCCUGAAAUAGAAACUAAAACAGUUCCAAUUGAUGAUCGGAGAACUAACCCAGUGGAUUUUGUAACAGAAAGGAUUAUUGAAAACGAUUCAACCAGUGUAACAACAAGUUCUUCCUUGAACUCUGAAAUAGGAACUAAUACAGCAUCAACCCUUAAUCGAGAAGUUACACGAUUGGAUUACUCAACAGAAAAUAUCGUUUCAACUAUUUCAGUGACAUCUGAUUCAGUUAUGAGUACAGUUUCUCUUGGAACAAAUGCAGUUGAAGAAGCAACAGAUUCCUUCGUUAUCCCAGACACAAAAUUGACUGAAAUGGAAAUGGGAAGUACAGUAUCGAGUAACAAAGCAUCAACUACUGUGUCAGACAAUAUAGCAACAGUCACAAGUUCUGUAGGCGAAAUAUCCGGAAUUUCAGAAACACAUUCGACAUAUCCUUCAAAGAUUGAUCAGCAAGUUGUAACCCAAAUUACUCCAUUUACAUUUAGUUCGGGAUCUACAUUUUCACCUUCAAAUAAUGCUCACAAAGACUUUAAUACUGUUUCGACUAUUGUGGAAAAAGACACAGCGCUAGAUACAGCUGUAACGCAGCAAAUUUUAGAGGGUUUAACAGAGGCGCCAAAACGUUCUGUACUGACGGAAUCUACAAGUUCAGAACUUAUAAGUGACACCUUCUAUAGAUCACCUUCAGCUAUUCCAGGAAAGAAAUCCGUGCGCCGGCGAAUAAUUAAAAAACGAAUAAACGGAAUUCGUCGACCAUACGUACAAACUGUUCAAGAUACAAGCAGAUUGAAUGGAAUCGAUAAACCAAGGAAAAAAUUUGUUCGCCGACGUAUAAUAAACCGUACUACAGGAAAAAUAGUGAAUGAAACGAUGAAAGGAAAUUCGAAAGUGUUGGACAGUCCAUCGAUAAGGAGUAUUGCAAACCCUGAACUCGUUCCCAAGAUAAACGAAUCGCCAGAGCCUCGUAAUGGUACUGUGAGAAAUAAAAUAGUCAGACAUCGUGUAAUUUACAGACGACGACCAGCAGUUAAUCAAACAAAUAGCAGUUCCAUAGAUGCCAAAAUAUCUAGUCAAAAUAACAGUGCCAGUAAUGAUGUGCAAAGUUCUAGUGUCUCGAGCACUAAUUCAAAUCAACGAAGACGAGUAGUGUUAGAAAGAUCUAGGUAUAGGGGUAAAGGUAGCGGUAGAGGUAGAGGACAAACGGAAUCAUCAACAGUAACUCCAAGGCUAAGUUUGGAAAGGCAAUUGAAUUCCACGGAAACCACAGUACAAAACGACAAGUUAUACAAACGCAAGACUAAUGAACAAGAUUACGCAGACGUUACGAUUGAUAAUUUGAGCAGUGGUUCUGAGAGCUACGGCAAGGUUUCUAUUUAUCAAAGAGAAGAACUUCCUCAAAUCGAAAAAAUUUCUGAGGCGGCACUCGAGCUUGAACCCGUAUCGAAGUCAGAAGAUGUUCAAGCUGACGGCGAGAUCAAUCUCUUCAAGACGCGUACGGGUACUACGAGACUUCCAGGAACUCUGGUUCGAUCAGCGAGACCCAGAACAUCGACGUCCGCUCCUGAAAGUGAUAUAGCUACAACUGUAUCAUCUCUGAGAAAACUUUCCAAUAACAUUGAAGUACGUAGAAGAGGGCGUUUGGGUCAGAGUACAACGAGUGGCUCAACCAGCAAUGCUGAAGUGCAGAGCCAGCCAGCUGCGGGUGACGAUGGAGCCUUGAAAUUCGAGUCUGACAAGGAUGUUUUGGAAAGUCUUGACCAAGCCAGCCAUGCGCAAGAAGUGGAGGUGACCGUAGCUGCCAGAGAUCCCUCAUCGCCAGCUCCGCCAACAGUGACAGGUCGUCCACGGUUCAGAACUUCUCUAAGGCGUAGGAUAAUUACAACCGAAGCUCCUCAAGUAACAGUAUCCUCUACAGUCCCAACAACACCAAUCAUCAGACAAAGAACGAGGCCAGCUAGGCCUUUCGAGAAAGUUACCGAAAACACUGCACCGGUCAGACCACGUCGUCCAGCGAUAAUAGACUACGAUUACUAUGAAGAUUCAGAAGAACGUAUUGUAGGAAAGCCUAAGCUGUCUGGCAAGAUAUCGAUCACAGCAGGAGGUUCGAUCCGCUGUUUGGAUCAGGGAAACUUUCCUCACCCGACGUCUUGCAAGAAGUUUAUAACUUGCGCAAGGAUGGUUAACGGACAGGUGAUCGGAACCGAAUACACUUGUCCGAAAAAGCUUUCCUUCGAUCCGGUCGGCGGUAUCUGCAACUGGUCAGCCGGUUUAGGAUGUAAAGAAUAGUUUACUAUAAACUGAUGUUGGCAGAAAAGGUAUUGAUAAUUGUAAUAAAGUUUUAUACUUAUUAGACAUUAUGAAAAGUGAGAGAUAAAUGUGCGAAGGUAUUAUUUUUUUCAAAUCAACAUUCCACUUGCCCUUACAAAGUGGAGAAACAAUUUAGAAAUAGAAAUAAUCAAAAAUUCCUCUUCUCUACCUACGACUGAUUGUAAGCUAUUCUUUAUUUUUGUAACACGAUAGCGUUGAAUUUUGAAUCUACCGAGCUGUUUAGCGUAAGACGAAUAGCAAGACUCAAGUUGGAGAUGGUAACGUCGCGUGCCACGUAUAGUAGUUGAGUAAUUUCGUUGAUAUUUUAUACAUUUUUUUUCGUUAGGUAAUUGCUAUGAUAUACCCAAUUCAUUAUGACUACCGUAACGAGGUGUAAUUGCGCAAGUAACUGUGUCUAUGUGAACGUUGAUUGUCAGACUGCUACGCUGUGUGAAUUUGCUUCUUCGUUGAAAUUUUUUUUUUUAUCCAAUUGGAAGCAUACAUACAUACAACGGUUUUCUUGGCAUAUAAAAUGCAUAAAUAAAUGAAUAAAUUAAUUAAUUAAUAAAUACGUAUGUGCAUUCAUUUUGUAAGCAAUAUUAUAUAUUAAAAUACUAAUUUUAUAUGUACACCCUAUAUAGAUAUAUUAUACUUUGCUCAGUUUACGUACAUGUAACACAUGCAGGAAAAGAUUUGCAUUAUGUAAGUAUAUGUAUACUAUAGAAAAUAGCCAUAUACCGUAAGUAAAAAAAAAAAAAAUAUAAAUACAGAUAUAUAGGUGAUAUUAUUGUAAUACCGUUAUGAAAAUAUAAAUGAGUUAAUAGCAUUCGGUC